UGUGCCGCCGCGCCGCCCUCUGCGCGCCGCUUUUUUCAUUUAUUUUAUUAUUUUUUUUCCCUUUUAACCCUUGCUUAGCAAAUUACGCGCGAUGAGCUCAUGAUGCCGCGCCCCCCCCUCCUCAGCCCCCCCAAACCCCCUGCCUCGUGUGCCCGGGCGGCAGGAGGGGGACGUGAGGCGGGCGGCUCCGCGCCUCCUUAGCGCUCCGGUGGUACCCGGGAGCUAGGCGGGCCGGCCGGCCGGUCCUCGCAUCACCAUCACCCUUUUACCUCUUCUAUCGUUUUAUCGCUCGGUGUCGGGCCGCCUGCCGCUCCAUGAGCUCCCGGGGGGGCGGCGGGGCGGGGGGAGUAGCGGCCGCCAGCCCCGACCCCAGCCCCGCCCGGGCAGGGGGCGGGCGGGCGUGAGGCGGGCGAAGUUUCUGCGCUGCACCGGGCCCCUGCGAGGGGCGGCGGGGAGGGAAGGACGUGGCGCCGGGGAAGCUGCCGCCGCCGCCAGGGCAGCCCGGCUUUGGCCAUGAAGAGGAAACAGAAGCGGUUUCUGCAAAUGACGCUGCUCUUCAGCGCGGCUCUCAUUUUCCUGCCCGACAUCGGCCUCUGGGCUCUCUACAAGGAGAAGCACCUGGUGAAGCCCGCCGAGCCCUCCGAGCCGCAGACAGUUCCAUUGGGGCUGGGAGAUGGACAGCUGUUCACCUGGACUGAUGGAUUGAAAAGGAAGGACUGGCAUGAUUAUGAAAGUAUUCAAAAAGAUGCCAUGCGUUCAGGGAAAGGUGAACAUGGAAAACCAUACCCUCUCACAGAGGAAGACCACGAUGAUUCUGCUUAUAGGGAAAAUGGCUUCAACAUAUUUGUUAGCAACAAUAUAGCACUGGAGCGAUCCCUGCCAGACAUCCGACAUCCUAACUGUAAGCACAAGGUGUACUUGGAAAAGCUACCAAAUACUAGCAUAAUUAUCCCAUUUCAUAAUGAAGGAUGGACUUCACUCUUGCGAACAAUACACAGUAUUAUCAACCGCACUCCAGACAGCCUGAUAGCAGAAAUCAUUCUUGUGGAUGACUUCAGUGACAGAGAACAUUUAAAAGAGAAGCUGGAGGAAUACAUGGUCCGUUUUGCCAAAGUGAGGAUUGUACGUACCAAGAAACGAGAAGGGCUCAUUCGGACCAGACUGCUAGGAGCCUCGCUGGCUAGAGGAGAAGUCUUGACAUUUCUGGAUUCCCAUUGCGAAGUCAACGUGAAUUGGCUGCCUCCCUUGCUUAACCAGAUUGCACUAAACCACAAAACCAUCGUGUGUCCUAUGAUCGAUGUCAUUGACCACAAUCACUUUGGCUACGAGGCACAGGCGGGGGAUGCCAUGCGAGGAGCUUUUGACUGGGAAAUGUACUACAAAAGAAUCCCGAUUCCUCCAGAGCUCCAGAGAGCUGAUCCCAGCGACCCCUUUGAGUCUCCUGUGAUGGCUGGAGGUCUUUUUGCUGUUAACCGAAAAUGGUUUUGGGAGCUGGGAGGCUAUGAUCCAGGAUUAGAAAUAUGGGGAGGAGAGCAGUAUGAAAUCUCUUUUAAGGUGUGGAUGUGUGGAGGUGGCAUGUUUGAUGUUCCAUGCUCUAGAGUUGGGCAUAUCUACAGAAAGUACGUCCCUUAUAAAGUCCCUUCUGGAACCAGCCUAGCACGCAACCUGAAGCGUGUGGCAGAGACAUGGAUGGAUGAGUUUGCAGAGUACAUUUACCAGCGACGGCCUGAGUACAGACAUCUCUCAACUGGUGAUAUCUCUGCCCAGAAGGAACUACGCAAACACCUUAAAUGUAAAGAUUUCAAGUGGUUCAUGGCUGCAGUGGCUUGGGAUGUCCCCAAAUAUUACCCUCCUGUGGAGCCUCCACCUGCUGCCUGGGGGGAGAUUCGAAACGUGGCAGCCAAUCUCUGUGUGGACAGUAAACAUGGAGCCACGGGGACUGAGCUGAGGCUAGACAUUUGUGUGAAGGAUGGCUCAGAACGGACAUGGUCACAUGAACAGCUCUUCACCUUCGGCUGGAGAGAAGACAUCCGCCCCGGGGAGCCACUUCACACCAGGAAGUUCUGCUUUGACGCCAUCUCGCACAGUAGCCCUGUCACGCUGUAUGACUGUCAUGGGAUGAAGGGAAACCAGCACUGGAGCUAUAGGAAGGACAAAACUUUGUUCCAUCCGGUAAGCAGCAGCUGCAUAGAUUGCAACCCAGCUGAAAAGAAGAUUUUCAUGAACAGAUGUGAUCCUUUAUCUGAAACUCAACAGUGGAUUUUUGAACAUAUUAAUACAACUGUUUUAGAAAAAUUUAACAGCAAGGCCAGUUCCUAGGGAAAAAAAAAAAAUGAACACACCCAGUUACAUACAGCCUGCAGACUACAUUUUCGCCAGCAUCUGGGUCAAAGGAGUCAGGAAUUAAAUUUCCUAGAUCCAGGAAGUCUGUCCUGAGGAUUAAGAAAAUGCCACAGCAAGAGCCAGCAGGCUGUCCUUGUGGAUGUACAGUAUCUGAAGAACUUGGCUAGGAGCCUCACCGGAUGCUGCUGAGAACUUCAGGCUGAAAACUCCCUUGCUGGUCAAGGGAAAACUUUGUUUAAGAACUGUUUAAAAGUACUCCAAGUUAAUAAAGUAAAACAAAGCUCUAGAGUUUCUCAGGUCAAGUCCUGCCGUAGUGAGUAGUUCAGAACAGACACUGUAAUUUGGGAUGGGUAUAUGGUGUGCAUGACGGCUACAGGAACCUGAAGAAAUCCCAGGUUUUAGAACUAAACAUGCUGGUGGAAGAAUAAUGAUGUCCCAGCACUCCCCAGACAAGAUAUAUGCUCUGUUGAUAUUCUCUUAAUAAAAGGUUGGGUUAAGCGGGUUUAACCCUCAGAACUGCUGCAAUUAAUUUUAAAUACCUCCCUUUUACAUUCCAUUCAUUACCAAAAUAGGAAUGGUAGAAAUCUUAGGGUCUAGAAUUACACUGUAGUGAAGCAUGAAAUAAACUGUAAGGUUUUGUCCUCAUAUUUCUCCCCUUCAGUUGGGGAAAAAAAAAAUGAAAAAAAGCAUAAAGCAAUCAAAUUUCUAUAUGUGAUAUAUUUAGCAGUUGUGAUUCAAAUCCCAUUGUCACACAAGGUGAGAUUUUUUUCAGUGACAAAUAUAACAUCAGCAGCUGCAACAUAAUGGAAGGCUUUUGGACUAGUUAUCUUUUCUAAAGGUAGAAUCCUUACCAAAGUAUAAAUUAAAUUUAAAAUAGGAAGAAAAAAAAAUGUCAUGAAAGUAGGAAAUAAUUGCAUACUGCAUGCUGAACUAGGUUAGUCAAAUUAAUAUUGGUACACUGCCAUCACCUAAAAAAGUGUUGACUCCCCAUAGUGCUGCUUAGAAGAUCUUGCAGAGAUCAUAUGUUGUUCUUGACAGAUAUGCUUGGAGAGAAAAAUUGACAUGAAACUAGUUGGGUGGUUUCAGAGUUCUUGAUGAAAACCAUGAGGGAAAUUACAUGAAUCUUAGUUAUCAAAGAAAUGGCACUGUAGAUCUUAUGAUGGAGGAAAAGAGGAGUGCAAACAAGUUACAUGUUAUAAUAUUUUGGUGUUUUAGGCGCAGACACAAUUUAGAUUCAGACAGAUUUCUGUCACGCUGAUGGUCAUUAUGGCAUGUGGUGUCCCUAAGAACCAUCAAGCUAUUGGCUUGAGAGGCCUACAGUUCUUUUCUGAAGAAAUCAGUUAAUACUGAUAUGUGGAACAUAACUGACAAGUUUGUGAUUUUUCAAGGUAAGAGCAUGUGUAUAAAUAUAUCAAAAAAGUAUGUGGACUGCUUUUGCUUGAAACAUGAGUUUACAGAUGAAAGCACCAUACAGAUAGAUGACAUUCCCUAGAGGUGGCUCGAACAGUGCUGUUAGGUUCCAAAAAUAUCAUAUAUAAUUAAGUUGAUUUUUCUUAUUCCUGGAGAGGUGGCUUUCUACUGAUGUGUAGGCAACCCUGUUCUGAGGGAAAAGGGUGAAUGUGUUUUAUGUAUUGCUCCUUACACCGUGUUUAUGCACAAAGAGCACUGAUUGCAUCCAGAGGAUGGUUCUAAUACCAAUUAGUAUGCACUACGUUAUGACAGCAUCUUGUAGUUGUAGAUUAAGACCCAAAAUUGUAGGUUAUAGGAACUUUUUAGGAGGGUAAUGAAAUCCUGAAGCACUUAGGAUGCGUGCACUUAGAAAAUUCUGAAAUGCAUCCAUACUGUGAGUAAUUGAAGAUUGAGGUUAUUGAAGAGACCUUCCAAUUAAUCUAAAAGUAAUGUCUAUAGAGCAAGAAUUCUUAUUUUAUGAGUUUAAAGCAAAUUAACUUGUUUAGGUAUUGUUUAAAUUGAAUUUAAAGUUAUAGUGCACUGAAGAAUGGAGGCAGUAAGGCUGCUGUGUGAGGAUACUUCAGAUUAAUGUAGCUAUCAGUACACAGGACCAGACUGGGCACUGCAGACUGUCAGCCUUCCCAGGUGCAGUGCAUGUAGCAUCAUUUAUUUGGAGCCUGAACAUGAGAAAAAAGGAUUUAGAAAAAAGAAGAAAAUGGGCACCUUAAAUGUAAAUGCAGUCUUCAAGCUGCUGAUUGAAAGUGGCCCCAAACUGUCAAAGUCUUGGACGCAACACUGUCUGCCCAAAAUAGAGAGGCAAAGGAGAAUUGCUAAACCAGCUAAGCAAUUUAUAUUAUGCACACAUUGGUAGGAUUAUAUCAUUCAGUGUGUGAUUGCAUCUCAGUGGUCUGAUUCUGAAACGUCUAAUGGGAACUAGACUGCUGUUGGGGCAGAGUUCUUGUACGCUUUUUACAACCUUCAUUGAUUAAUAUUGCACAGCAUCCUGUACUGCCAAAGAAAACUUUCCCAUUACUCAUAGUUGGACACUGAUUGUAAGCUCUAGCAGUCCUUGUCAGAAAACAAUCCAUAUAACUGAUAUUCAGAUGUCUUGAAAAAAAUGUAUCCUACAUAAUAUUUUUUUUUUUUAAUAGGCAAAAUAUGAGAAAAAAUAUAUUAGAGUUUGUUGUGUGUCAACAAUAAGCAACUUUUGAUUAAUCUGGAAAUACAAAGUUAAAUGAAUGUCCAGAUCUUGCAAAGAGUUUAAUAAGAACUUGCCACAGUGUGGUAUAAAAACACACACACAUAUACAUAUAUGUGUACAUUACUAGUGGAAAGAGACAGAUGGAGCAGAGAGGUUUGUUUUCAAUUCUUGGGCUGAGAUAUCAAAUAUUUAGUAUAAACAGAGCUACACAGAGAAAAAAAAAAUGUAUAUAUAUAAAAAAAUAUAUGGAGCCAUUAGCCUGAUAGAGAAGACAGUUAUCUCACUGUUUUCAGCUUUAGCAAAUUUCUCUUUCUAAAAACCGAGACAAAGAAGCUAGCAUGCAGCUUCUCCACAGGCAGCUAUAAUCCUCCUGUUCUGCAUAGAAGGUGGCCCUAGGGACAGUGUUUCAGAGCUGUGCUCCUGUAGCAUUUGGGAUGAUGGAUUUGCAAAAUGGUUAUGACUUGCUAAGCACAGGACUCCUUCAACAGAAAGUAUUAUUAAUAAUAUAUGAUCAUCCCUACCUCUAAAUUAAAUUCUGUCUUGAGUGUUCUCCAAAGCUUUCUACUGAUGACAGCAUUUCAUGACUAAUUUAACGUUCAGAAUUUCUUUAAGUCUUCCAGCAACCAUAUCUUUUCCACCCAACAGACAUCUGAGCAACUCAAAAGAUCAGAUGGACAGGUAUAUUUUCCUGUCAUAUUUUACCAGGACCAUUUAACUUCAAUAUGCAUUUCUCCAAAAGACUAUGAAGUUUCUUCCAGAAAAAUGCUUAAAAUGUGAGGUACUUCUGAAUAUAUUUUGAAUCUAGUACACAGGUAGCAUUCACCGAUGUAGGCUGAUAAUUUUAGUGGGGCUCUACUAACCUCUCCCAGAUGAUGAUUUGCUUCAGUUUGUCUAUUGAUGAUUUUAUGAUUGAGAGUGCUUUAAUCAACAUGCCUCAAAAGAUCUACGCAUCAUAAGAGUUCAUCAGCACCUACCCUAAACUUUUCCCAUUUAAGAUUAUCUGACUCUUUUCAUGGUCACCAAACUACCACUACAGGAGAUGACAGCAAUUGGAAAAACUGGACAACAAAAACUCUAAAACUGUGUAUGUUUCUCUGUGUAUAUUCCAAAAUCCAAACAAAACAGAAGCCCUAGCAGAGAGGGCUUAAAGGAGAGGGUGUUUGAGAAACAAAGCAUUUCAGAAGCAUGCCAGAGAGUAUCCAUGUUGCAAGAGGCAUGAUGAGACUUCACUUUUCAUGGGACAUGACCUUAUUUCAGGGAAAUGAGGUAUUUUUAGAACAAAUGUUUUCUGCAACAUUAUGGGUAUUUUAGUGAUAUAAUGCAUGCUUCCGGAGUGUUAUCAGUUUAUAAAUAAAUGGGUUGUAGCUGCUGAACUAGGUCGUCUUCAUGAUAAAGAUAGCCUAAGCUUGAAAGGAAGCCAACAAGCACUUAACAACCUUUGAUUACUGGCAAUUUUCCAGGCAUCAGCAUCUCCAUGGCCUCAGUGAAACUGGAUGCCAGAGAAGAUCACAGAAGAAACAUACAUAAAUAGCCUAACCAAAUGUAUUUGAUGGGUUGCAGCCGUUUAAGAGUGGAUGUCACCUUUGUUAAAAAAAAAAUAUAGUCAUAAUCAGAAUUAAUUAAACAUUUAAAUAAAUGUUUUUACUGAUAACUUCUGCAGAGGGCCAAGGGAAUGGUACUCUUUCAAUCCACCCUGGCAAAGUGGGGAUGAAGUGCUUUAGGAAGGCAGUUGUGAGGAGGCUUUCAGUGUGGCUGCCACCAAGUGUGCAUCUAUCAUCUGGUUAAAGAGCAUCAAUCUUUAAUGCUGGGAGGCCAGAAAUUUUUAAAAGAACAUAAGGUGUACAUUAAGAAAAAAAGAAUAUGAUGAUAGGUUACUUUUUAAAAUCCAUCAAUUAUGCAAGCCAUUUCAAAACCCUUGAAAACAAAAAGCUGAUCAGAAGUAGCUUUUUUAUAGCUGGUAGUAGGUAUAAAAGGUUAAUGAGUUCAUUUAUAUAACUCCCUUACAAAUCUGUUCCAUAUAUCCUUUUAGAAAGAGCACAGAGGUCCCAGAGUGCUUUUACAUCACAUUUUGAGGAUCUCGCCCUACCUGGAAGUAAGUUUUGAAAGACCUUUAGAAAAUUUAUAUAUUAAAAAAUAUAUAUACAUGAAUAUUAUAUCUAGUGUACAAAGAGAUUUUGCUAAACUUCUUCAUCCAAAAUAGUACCCACUGACUGGAAAAAAAUAGGUGAAUAAGUACUAUAGUUUAGUAAAUCCUUACUGUGUAGUGCUUUCAAUUUAAGAUUUCUACUCUUAAGAAAAAGUACAAAGUUUAGUGAAUCCGUGUAGUUAGUUGCUGACAGUUGUUUUGUUGUUUUUUUAACCACAUGUGAUACAUAAAUCUGUCCUGAGGUGUCCUGUAAACUCAUAUUUUUCUUGUUAUAAUUCUGAGUGCACUGGGCUGAGAAUAACCUAGGCAGAGAAAACCUUUAAGAACUAUCUAACUGUGUAAAAAAACAAACAAACAAUGAGCAAGUUUAGCUAGAGAGAAACUGAAAAAUGCAUCACAUUUCCAAAGCUUCAGCAGCAUUCAGAAAAUACAUUUACUUCGUGUGAUGGCUCUGUGCCCUUUCAGUGUAUCAUUAAUAUCUCUGUCUUUACCCCUGGAGAAGGAUUUCUGAAAAUGAUGUGCUAUCAUUUGGCACAGUUGAUGGACAGGGUGCUGCCAAAGGAAAAAAAAAAAAAAAAAAAAAAAUCACUUUGUAGGAACAGUUCCUAAAAAAAAACAUUCAAACAUUGCAGUCUGGUAUGUCUUCAGAGUCUUAGCUAUUUUUGAAGUUCCCAUUACCUCAGUUUUUUGUUUGUUUGUUUUUUAACAGGCCCAAACAGAGCACUGGCACAGGUUCCCCAGAGGGGCUGUGGGGUCUCCCUGCUUGGAGAUCUCCAAAAAGACACUUGGACGCAGUCCUGGGCAGCCUGCUCUGGGCUCUGCUUGAGCCUGCUGGACCAGGUGGACUCAGAGGUCCCUUUCAGCCUCAGCCAUCCUGGGAUUCUGUGCCUCAGUGGCCUUUAUGAAAAUAGUGCAUACAACAGAGGAGCAGAGAGAACAUGCAUUAAAACAAAUAAGAAUUUGUGGCUACCUAAAGAUACCUAGUCCACAGGCACAUUAAAUAUACACAAAUAUAAAUCUGUUUCUUUUGUGCGGCCCUUGUGGAAGAUGCACAGCUGCAGCAAGUAUAUGAAUGAGAAGGAGCCACAUAAAGUGGGCCAGCAGGAAGUCGUUACCUAGCAGACACAGAAAGAGUCACGGUGACCUUAUUUUUGAGAAGCAGAUGAACAGGGCCUUGAGAGUGAUACCACAGCCAGCACAAGCGACGUGAACAGAGCUGUAAUGAGUCAAGUUUGCUAAGCAGUGCUAUCUAAAAGAUAUUAGGGCAUGGGAAAGGAAAACUUGGUCCUCAUUAACCUUUGCCCUUAUUAACCUUGGCAGUAUCCCUCACCCUUUUUCAAAAUAUUAGUUGAUUUAAUUAAGUUAAUCCUUCACCUCUCCCAGCAAACGACCUAAGCCCAGAGGAACCACAGCCCAAGCAAAUUCCUGAUGACCAGCUUAGAGCAUCUAAUUGGCACAAACACUAGGCACAGGUUAGUCAAAAAAAACUACUGCCACCAAAGCUAAAACAUAAUCAGCCUGAAAAAUCCAUAGGGCCCCCUUAAAUCCCUCUGAGAAAAAAGGUUUCACUUGCCUGGAGGAGUGAUUGAUAGUAAUGAUCCUAGAUUAAGAAGAUCAGGAGUCAUGAGCUAGCAGGGAGGUGAAAGGCCAAAUGGUGAGAUUAUAGCAUGGCAGUUUAAUUGAGAAAGGAAGGAGGAAAUAGGUGGUAAGAAGGAAGAAUCAGGAGUCAUGUUUAUUUCUGGGUAUGAAGGAGGCAUGACCUACAAAGGUCAGCCACUGAUAAUUUUGGAUACCUCUUCAUGUGCCAGGUUUUGUGUGUUUAUUUACAUCAUAAAUGUUCAGGAAUUGAGAGGCAAUCACUUCCACCCUCUCCCACAACGGAUUUAAAUUUAGAAGAAAGAGAUUUUCAUACUCUGAAAUGUGCUGAUCUUGAAGUAUGUGAGUUCUGCAAGAGCAAAGGUUUACUGGAUACCACGCCAGCAUGGGGUUUUCCACCAAAGGUAGGUGCCUCCAUUCCUGAGGAUGUUUUGGAGAUAGCAUGUAGAAUCAGAAUAUUAUGGUCACUGUUUUAACUCAGAUUAAUAUUUAUCUGCAUCUCAGGCUCUUUUGAAACAGGUAAAGAGGUUAGCUAAAUUUUCCAGGAAAUGUCAAACCUGAUGCGUACACAGUAGCUCUGCCUCCUCCCAGCGUGGAUCAAGGUAACUUGUGUUUAUCUUCAGACAUCACAUAGAGCUCCUAAAAAGAAACAUCAGUGUGGCAGAUUUUGUCCAUGCUAGAGAUAUACCUCAGCACGGGCAUAUGCACAUCCCAUAUACCUUCUGUGAGGGAGAAAACUCUGUUGGCAAACUAUUUUCUCACCCAACUUUAAAAUUCAGUGCUAAAGUCAUGUAAGACCAGAAGUGUUGCACUCCAUCAAUACGCUUCUUACAGAUGUUUAGAAGCAGCUGAACUUAAAUUUUGCAAGCAGGUUUUAACUUGUGAUUAUCCUUAUUGAGCUAAUGUAGAUAUAAGAAACUGACUUAUAAUUAAGUUAAAUUAAAAUGUGGUUUGUAUAAGCCACCAAGGGGUUAUAACUACUUGAGUUGAAGGCUUUAUUUCAAAUCUAAAAUUGAUGUGUAAUCCCUGAUGAACACAUGAUAUGAGUUCACCUUUAUUCAGACUGCAGAGAGUCAGAGUGGCUUUUUUUAUUACAAAACCACAAGAAGAGGGAAAUUGUCCAAAAGAUAGCAGCUCUUGCUUUUAACUAUAUGGGGCUUCAGUUUAUUCCUCGAUAUGUCAGCAAAAAUGAUAUAUACAUAUUAACAUCUCCCAUGAUUCUCAUUAUCAAAGCUGCAUUUGCCUACAUGGCAGUAAAGCAUCAUCUUUUCUUUAGUAUUAGCAGUGAAUCCUUUCGUUUGUUUCCCAAUUGUUUUUAUACACCCCCAGAGUCAUUUAUUUAUAACCAGAACAUGCAAAUAGAAGUCUUACCCUGUCCCUUCACUACACAAGUUCCUGGUGAAUCAGAAUAGUAGCAUGAAGACCACAUAAAUGCAGUGUUGAAAGGACUGUUAGACAAGGAAGAAGUAUUCUUUGUAGAAGAACGAUAAGCCUCCCUAAAGUUGGGUUUCCUUCAGUCCUGUUAUAGUUGCAGCCAGUGCUGUACAUCUAAACAUGUCAUGGUAAUCACACCUGGAAUGAUAAUGGUGCCUCACCAGGGCUCUGCUGCCUGUUUUCUGUAUGAAUCUCCACCGUGGCUAUGUAAAGCUGUUCUUUGGAGCUGAGUGUUUUCAUCCACAGUUGCUGUCCCUGUAAGGAACAUUCCUUCCAGCUGUGCCCUGACCUGAUAUUUUCCACCUCAAACUUUGCUGGCUGAAGUCACUUGGUGUUGGCCAGCUCCCCAGAUGAUCUGGCCCAUCACACAUCUCUUAAUGCUUCACAGCAGUCCACCCCACAUGAACACAUACACAGUUCACCAAACAUUAGGUGGCAAUAGAAAUUUAUGGUCCCUGCUGAGUCUCUGAGAUGCUUUUAUUUAUCAACUAGCCUUUCUGAUGGCCAGAGUGAUUUCCCCGCACUUCUGUGAAUAAGCAUCCUUUCCUGCAGGUAUCUUGCAGAAUAUCCAUUUCUCUCACUUUUCUGAGAGUCUGGAAAGGCAGCCUUUGCUUGCUGUUAAGCAACAUUCAGGACAAAACAUUCCCUGGCAAUUCAGCUAUUAUAAACUACUUUCAAAAGGCCAAGAAGGGCUGGAGACAACUUUGUGCAAUCUCUAUCCUGUUGUCCUUGUAGGCAAGGCAGCCAGCAAUGAUCUGGGCUGAUAGGAGGCUAGUAGAGAUCAAUCAACAUGUAGUAGACAGAGUUGUCUCAUUUUCUGAGAAUUGAGGUCUAGUCCUUUGUUUUUUGUGAUUUAAGAAACAUAUCUCUCUGGAAAAAGAUGUGGGAAAAUAUUUUCAGGUGUGUAUAUUUAAAUUAUUAUACAGUAGGCUGCAAUUAGUAAUAUAUACAUUAUAAAAAACAAAAUGAAAACAUACACUUCUGUGCUGACUAGUCUGAGAUAGUUGGCUUAGAUGUUAUUAAACACCAGCUGUAGAAGCUUUGACCAACUUACUGAUGUGUUAAAAUAAAGUUUUCAAGACAUGCUUACAGGGUUUACAGAGAGCACAUGCCUGUAAAUUACUAGACUGUAAUUAAGAACCUGAACUAUGGAAUAAAAAUUGUACACCUGUCCUAUUUUAUAUUUGGAUGUAUUAAAGUAUGGAAUACAAAGUAAAGAUUGCUGAAGUACAGUUAAAAAAAAAAAAAAAUCACCACGAUCUGAAUAAAUAAAUACCUCUCAGAAGUUACAA